CAGUGUAAUCCUCUCAGAAAAGAGAAAAUUUUGGAUCCAUCCAAUGGAAACCAUAUUUGUACUGAUGGAGGAGAUCAAUCAUGUAAGCUUAAAUGUUGCAUAAAAUAGAGAAAAUUAGAGCAGGUAGGACUGUAGGACUCUAGAAAAUUUCAUGCAUAUCCGUAUGUGUCCUCUUACAUCACAAAAGGUGGACUGCUUACACAAGCACCAAAACAUAAGCAAGAUUUUAUUUGGUACUUUCGGGGCCAAUUCACGCGCACCUCGACUAAAUCUGAGGGACCGAUACCACAUUGAUAAUUUUUCAUUGGUGAAUUACCCAGGAAAGUACAAUCUUGCUUUUGCUUUGCUAGUUGUAUAAAUGCACAUACUUCCCUCACCCCAUUCAAGCAGUAGUCUCUGCUGAAGAAAGAUAAUUAGCCUCAAUUGUCCAAGAAUUCGGUAUAAGUCUCGUUUUACGUUCAGUCUGAGGCCUCUAAAGAUUCAGGUGAUACUGAAAAAUCCUCAGCACUAGAGGUUCCAAGAGAGAGAAGAAAGAAUCUCGAAAAAAAUGAAGCCGGUUGCACUUGAAACCGGUGAACCUUCAAGGGUUCCACCCCAAAUUCACAAGGGAAACAAGGGAAUCUCCAUACUGGACCUUGUUCUUCGAGCAGUUGCGAUAGUUGCAACGCUGGCAAGCGCAGUGGCUAUGGGCACUACCAAUGAAACGCUGCCGAUUUUCAAUCAGUUCAUACAGGUCAAGGCUCAAUACAACGAUCUUCCAACCUUCACGUUCUUUGUGAUUGUGAAUUCUGUGGUAUGCUUUUACCUUGUUGUUUCUCUUCCUAUGUCCAUCUUCCACAUUGUGAGGAGUGGAACAAGAAUCAGCAGGGUCAUUCUCAUCUUCCUAGAUUCGGUAAUGCUGGCUCUUCUCACCGUGGGAGCUGCAGCAGCAGCAGCGAUAGUAUACUUGGCUCACAAGGGGAACGCUUCGGCUAAUUGGCUGGCAAUAUGCCAACAAUUCAACAGCUUUUGUGACCGUGUUUCUGAAUCUCUGAUUGGUUCUUUCGGUGCAAUUGUUGGGUUUAUAGUUCUGAUUCUGCUAUCAGCCAUAGCACUAUGUCGACGGCCCUAACAAGUUGUAAGGCUGAAAGCAUGCAUCUCUGAGGCUCUGUCUACGAAAGUUUGCAUUUCGUAUGUCUGUGUUUGAAUAGAUUUUCUACUGGAUUGACAAAUUAGAGUGUAUGUAAUGUUAAUGGGUGGGAUUCUUGUAGUCUGAGUUAAGGGUGUUUUUUUCGUAGUCUCCACGAUCGUUUAUACCGAAAUCAGAGUGUCUUAACCGUCAAGUUGCCAACCAUUGGAUAAAAAGCAUUUCCCCGCAGACUACUCAGUCGGUUCAGCUCAACUCAACUCGUUUGCAGUCCUAAAUUAGUCAUUUUCGCUGUAAAACGGGUAGAAGGUAAACUAAACGGAUCAUCCUUUGUACAACAAAAGGGAACUACAAAUUUAGGCAGGGGGCAUGUUUUAUUUUUAACCUUUUCCACUCAAUCCAGAAACAAGAUCGGACGUUAUUCUGGUUCGUCUCCACUUUCGUGAAACUAUUCCCCAAGCAAGGCAGCCGAUAAGGCAUCGCCUCGCCCCUUCUAUCUUAUCUAUUGCCUUGCUCCUCGGCUCCCUACUACUCCAGCCACUCCUUGUAAUAGCUAACUCGGGGUUAUUUGUGCUCAUUUACGCGAACCUUGACUAUUCCCUGAGAGACUGACCUUGCAAGAAUACCUAGGAUGUUUCGAAACUGAGACCUAGGAGGGAGCAAGCCCUUAAGUCUCAAGCCUUGCCACUAGGCCC